GCGCACUGCCUUUCUUCUCUUACAUUUCCCUUCCUGCUCGUUUCUCCAUUACUCCGCGGCGUAGAUCCGAGGAGUUUUGGAAACAGUCUCUGCAAUUCAGCCAUACCCUUUGUUCUUCACAGCAUCCAGGUUUUCCCCCCGAAUUUUAACGCUGUCAGUUUCUGCAGUCAUGGCUGGAAUGGCACCAGAAGGUUCUCAAUUUGAUGCCCGUCAGUAUGAUUCCAAAAUGAGUGAGCUACUUGCAACUGAUGGUCAGGAUUUCUUCACUAGUUAUGAUGAGGUGUAUGAAAGUUUUGAUGCAAUGGGCUUGCAAGAAAAUCUUCUUAGGGGUAUCUAUGCCUAUGGUUUUGAGAAGCCUUCUGCAAUUCAACAAAGAGGGAUUGUUCCUUUCUGCAAGGGCCUUGAUGUGAUUCAACAGGCACAAUCUGGGACCGGAAAAACUGCAACCUUUUGCUCUGGAAUUUUGCAACAGCUGGAUUAUAACAUUGUUGAAUGUCAGGCUCUAGUUUUAGCACCCACACGUGAACUUGCACAGCAAAUUGAGAAGGUUAUGCGUGCACUGGGUGAUUAUCUUGGUGUAAAGGUUCAUGCUUGUGUUGGAGGCACCAGUGUCCGUGAAGAUCAGCGGAUCCUCUCUAGUGGGGUUCAUGUUGUUGUUGGCACUCCUGGGCGUGUGUUUGACAUGCUGAGGAGGCAGUCCCUGCGUCCUGAUUACAUCAAAAUGUUUGUAUUAGAUGAAGCUGAUGAGAUGCUUUCAAGAGGAUUUAAGGAUCAGAUAUAUGACAUCUUCCAGUUGCUGCCCCCCAAGAUCCAAGUUGGUGUAUUCUCAGCUACUAUGCCGCCAGAGGCCCUUGAAAUUACAAGGAAAUUCAUGAACAAGCCUGUCCGAAUUCUCGUGAAGCGUGAUGAGUUGACCCUAGAGGGUAUCAAGCAGUUCUAUGUUAAUGUUGACAAGGAGGAGUGGAAGCUCGAAACCCUCUGUGAUCUUUACGAGACCCUUGCCAUCACCCAAAGUGUCAUCUUUGUUAACACCCGGCGCAAAGUUGACUGGCUCACUGAUAAGAUGCGUGGCCGUGAUCACACUGUAUCUGCCACACAUGGUGACAUGGAUCAAAACACUAGAGAUAUCAUUAUGCGAGAAUUCAGAUCUGGUUCUUCGCGAGUUCUCAUCACCACCGAUCUCCUAGCCCGUGGUAUUGAUGUUCAGCAGGUCUCCCUUGUUAUCAACUAUGAUCUGCCAACACAGCCUGAGAACUACCUCCAUCGUAUUGGACGAAGUGGGCGGUUUGGCAGGAAAGGUGUUGCAAUAAAUUUUGUUACUAGUGAGGACGGGCGCAUGCUUCUCGACAUACAGAAGUUCUACAAUGUCGAGAUUCAGGAGUUGCCAGCCAAUGUUGCGGAUCUCCUGUAAUGCAGUUUUGUGACCCCCCGGGGUCUAAUUGCUCCUUAUCCUAUAUAUUAUUUGGUUUACUCGAUGUUAUGGACCAUGGUUGAAGAUCUAGUGCAUGGAGGUGGGUUCUCAUCUCCCAAUCUAGUUGCAGUUUCGAACUACUAUUGUGAAAUUUUGGUUUGUUUUUGUAUUUUGUCCAAAGCAAACUGCAGAUUGGGCUGAUGAUCAACUUUUCUUUUCUGUCUGAAAAAGUUUGAAUUUUUCAUUCUGUAUUUGAGGUUCUGUUUAGUGGAUUAUUUCAUCUUAGAAGAUAUUUAGGACCUGGUAA